GGAAAUUCUGGGGAGCCAGAAAUGCAGAAACUCCCCAUGCAGUCAAGAAAUAAACAGGCCUACAAUAAAAGUCUAGAUCUAGCAGAAAAGCAUUGAAGACUGACUAUGCGUUGGCUUGCAUGGUUUGCUGUGCUCAGUGCUCUCUAUAUAACAACAGAGGGUACUCGUCUACUGGAUCCAGAGGGAAUGGGCACAUGCUUUCAUGAGCCUGGAAAGAUUACAGCAAAAGUUCACCAGGGAGGCAGUACAGUUGGUGCUCGAGAUAAGAGACAGAGAACAUAUGAACCUAUUAGGAUACUCUUCUACUAUGACACCACCAUUGACACCAUGCUGAACCCUACUCAACGACGCAGACUACAGGACAUUGCUAUUCCGGCAAUGAAACAUUUCUUGGAGUCCUCUUUCUCUGUAAUCAGAGCCACAAGUCCUAUUUUGCUCGAGCGAGAUUGCGAUGAACAGUCUUUCUACAUGCCUGUUGAAGAUCCUAGACAGUGUAUUGGACAGUGUGCUGAAACAACAACGUGCCGCCGUCAAAUAACCCCUGAAAAUCAUCUCAAGAGAUGUGUUGAGUGUAACAAUGGCAGUGUGUCCAAUUGUACGACAAGACCUGGGUCAGUGGAUGGUCCUGGUGUGCCUGACACACUGACCUCAUCAUCUAUGUGUCUGCCUUCGAUUGCUCUUCUUUCCACUCUUCAGUUAUCGCGUUUGCUAAUGCUUGUCAACUGGAAAGUGAACUAGAUAGACCGAUUGCCGGCCGUAUCAACUUCUGUCCAGGAAAAUAUGACCGGUCCAGUGAUGAUGCAUUAACCAGAAUUGGGCUACAUGAAGUUAUACAUGCAAUGGUCUUCAGUCCUGGUCUGUAUCCUUGGUUUCGAGACGAGA